CUGGGCGGGACCGUAGUCGGCCCACAGCCUCUUCCUCUUUUCUCAGCUCCGCUCCCGCCAGGCCAGGCCGGCAAUUCUUGGGACGGCUGCGAUCUGCUCAAAGUGGAGGCCAGUGUGGGCACAGGCUGGUCAGCUCAGAACUAAGGCCAGCGAGGACCGCAGCCUGGACACAGCUGGAUUCCUCCUGAGGGUCCCCCACACCCAGCCAUGCGCUCCCCAGCCGCGCUGCUGCUGCUCCUCCUCCUGGCCAUGGGGGCUGAGGCCUUUCGGAUCUGUGCCUUCAAUACCCAGAGGCUGACCCUUGCCAAAGUGGCCAAAGUGCUGGACACACUCGUUCCGAUCGUGGCCCGCUGUGACAUCAUGGUGCUGCAGGAGGUGGUGGACUCUUCAGACAGUGCCAUCAGCCUCUUGCUGCGUGAACUCAAUCGAUAUGGUGACUCGGGGCCCUACGCGUCCCUGAGCAGCCCCCUGCUGGGCCGCAGCACGUACAUGGAGAAGUACGUGUAUAUCUACCGGACACUCAGGACGCAGGUCCUGAGUCAUUACGUGUACAAUGACAAAGAUGACCUCUUCGCCCGGGAGCCCUUCGUGGCCCAGUUCACAUUGCCCAGCAAAGUGCUGCCCAGCCUGGUGCUCGUGCCACUGCACACCACUCCCAAGGCAGUGGAGACGGAGCUGAACGCCCUGCACGACGUGUUCCUAGACGUCUCUCAGCACUGGCAGAGUGAGGAUGUCAUCCUGCUUGGGGACUUCAAUGCUGACUGUGCUUCGCUGAGCAAAAAGCGCCUGAGCGAGCUGGUCCUGCGGACUGAGCCCGCCUUCCACUGGGCCAUCAGCGACGACGAGGACACCACUGUGCGGGCCAGCACACACUGCGCCUAUGACCGCAUUGUGCUGCACGGCCAGCGCUGCCAGAGCCUGCUCAAGGCCGCCGCGGCCUUCCAGUUCCCCACCGGCUUCGGGCUCUCCGAGAUGGAGGCCCUAAACGUCAGUGACCACUACCCGGUGGAGGUGGAACUGAGUGGGGCCAUGCCCAAGCUGCAACCCCUCAGUCUGGCGAUGCUGCUGCUGCCACUCGUGCCCCUGCGGCUGGGCCCAGUGGCCUGACACUGCUCGGGCCUGCUGCCCACAUGCCAGGAUGACCAGCCUCCAGGACUCCGCCACAGCCUCACUGUCUCUCUCCGCCAUCGGACUGCAGUCCUCUUCUUUGUGGGUGUUCUUGGCUGGGGCUGUGCCUGGUGAUAGCAUGUGGAAGAGAAAGGGAGGCUCCCUCAAGCUUGGUCCAGCCAGGGUUGAGGGGGAAUGCAGGCAGAGGGCGCAGGGUGUUGAUUUUAGGUGAACCACAAGGCUUAGGAAAGGGGACUUGGGGUGGGAGCGAUAGUCCAGAGGGGAGGGCGUUUGCCUUGCACGUGGCCCACCCCGGCUUGACUUCUGGCAUCCCAUUUGUCCCUUGAGCAUGAGGGACAAAGCCCUCACAAGGAAUUCUUGAGCACAGAACCAGGAGUAUACCCGGGGCAUCUGGGUGUGGCACCCCCCAAAAAAAAACAGAAAAAGGAAAGGGGGCUCACAGCUGACAGAGGUCCUACUAGGACAGAGGGGAUGGCUCCAGGCUCAGGCACAUGCCUUGUGCUACCAGGCAGCAAAUCCACAGCACAGGGAACAGCCAGUACUGUCACCAGGUGUAGGCCAAAAGGAAACAAAUUCUGGCAGCAGUGGAGAUGUGGUUCAUGGAGUAGGGUUUGUCUGGCCUGCGUGAGGCCUAGGUUCAAUCCCAGGCACUACUUAAACCGGUUGAGGUGGAGAUAACAGGUGGGGUAAGGUACUUCCCUUGCAUAGAGCUAAUCCUGGUUCUAUCCCCAAGCAUAGAGCUUAAGUGUGGCCGCAACAACCCCCUGCAAAAUAAUGUUCCUCAUGGGUUGGAGGCUACAACUUGCAUUAGAGGGCAUGUGGGAUGCUAGAGAAGCGUGAGAACAAAGCAAGAAAUGGACAAUGGCCCUCGGCUCCAGCGAACCAAGUGCCCAGGCUAUCCGCAAGUUCCUGUUGUCAACCACCGUACUGCAAUGUUCAGACACCUUGCCAGUGUCCGUGGAUCUCAGCAAGGGCAGAUGGAGGUGCAUUACCGAGAGCAACUGCACUUGCUGCUGUGACAGCUUUCCUGGGUGACAAUCCCCCUGACCCAUAAGUCCUCGAGUCCAGAAGGGGGACUUCAGGGCCAUUGAAGCCAACUGUUUACAAAAAUAAAAGCUUAUU